AGUUAUCCACUUGGACUAUGGCAGUCAAUGACACCAGCAGAAAAUCCGUUUGAGACCGAAUUUUGUUCAGUUUUUGACGAUGCAAAGGAUCUGCAUGGAUAUAUUGAUGCCUUUGCUGGAUACACCGCCAAUCUCACCCAAUUAAUGUGCCAGGAUUAUGCUUCCGUGAAUGAGUGCCUGGAUUCCCACGAUCCAAAAUCGCCAAUGCGCACCAUUAUGGAUUCCUACUAUCGUUUCACGUAAGUUGGAUACCCGCUGGUACCAACGACAAUGUCCUCUUCUUUUCGGCGAGCACAAUGUGCCUGCCCGACCCCAAUGGCGUGCUAUCAACAAAGAAUAUGAAGGCUGGCAUAUCAAACUCGAUAGAGUAUUUUGGAUCGAUGGUGAAUAUGAUCCUUGGAGAACUUUAAGUGUACAAAGCGACUGGGCUCCUGAUCGACGACAUUGGAAUGAAAAGGAUGCCCGCUAUGCUGUAUUACCACAUUCAGUACAUCAUUGGGAUUUCUUUGUUUCGGAUUAUGUAUCCGAAGAUAUCAAGCAACUACAGAAGGAUAUGUUCACGACACUUAGCGCCUGGAUUGCGGAUGCCAAUAAUAGCAAGGAAAAUGGUCAAGAAGACAACAAUAACGAUAGCACUCAGAUACCAUCUAAGUUUAUGUAUCAAAACACUCCUUGAUAAUUUGACACGGAAUAAAGUCGUAUAAAUGCGCCGGUUCCGUUGUCUUGACAAACAAUCUGGAC